UGUAAUGUCACCGGCAGAGACUUCCCACAUGAGAUGCUGGUCUGACACUACAUGCUGCUCAUUAAGAACCCAGCUACCAAACUGGAAACUUCCUCCCGUCGUAAACCCACACUUCGCUCACAGGGGGAUGAAAAGAUGCAAGCAAAAUUUUUACUACUGAAAGAAUUUCACUCCUGAAAGCAACCCAAGGAAUGGGGAGUUUGCCCAGCAAAAGGGGAUAUUCAGCUAUAGAGGCCACUAUGUCCAGCGCUCAGAUAAACCCCAUUGUAGUGGACAAGUGCGUGUUUGUGGCUUUGUACAAUUUUCCUGCGGGUGGUCAAGGCGAUUUCAGCAUUCGACUCGGGGAGCAGCUGAACAUCCUUUCUGAGGAUGGUGACUGGUGGAAAGUAAAGUCAGUUUCUACUGGGCAAGAGUGCUACAUGCCUAGAAAGUAUGUUGCCAAGGUGUACAACAGGUGGUUAUAUAAAGGUAUAAACCGGGAGAAAGCAGAAGAGCUGCUUCUGGUGAACUGCAACCAAAGUGGCUCCUUCUUGAUUCGAGAAAGUGAAACCAGAAGAGGAUGUUACAGUUUAUCAGUUCGGAAAUCAAAUCAAGCUACACUGGAUACUAUCAAGCAUUAUCGCAUUAAUCAGCUACAAAAUGGCUGGUAUUAUAUUUCUCCUCGUCUGACCUUUUCAACACUCCAGGAUAUGGUGGACUACUACUCCGAAAUGGCAGAUGGAAUUUGCAGCAUCUUAAAGGAGCCCUGUGUUGUACAAGGAAUUAUUCCCCCUGCUGCUUUGACAUCAGGACCCGUCAUUGUCCGGAAACCAACACUGAACUGGAGAGAUCUAGAUAGCUCAGCCCUGUUUAGUGGCAAUACCAACUUAGAUGAAGAAGAUUGUCCGGUGAGCUUAGGUCUCCGAGAGGCGGUCAGUUCUUACAUGUUUAUGACAGAAGACAUGGACUCAGUGGCAGCUCUGGAGAGAGAGCAUCUGUGGCAGGCAUAAGCUAUGCCUUCUCACUCAACUAUCUCACAUCAGUGUUUGGGAAAUGAACAAUUUUUUUUAUAAGCCAAUGGACCUAAGUGAACCAGUUCCUGUUCAGCUCAACAUCGCCGGCCGAUGCAGUUUGAAAGGUGCCGGAAUGGACAUUACUAUAUUUAUGGCGGCUGUGCUGCUUUUCAGUUUCUGUGUAUUUUAAAGAUGUUUGUGUUCUCUGUUAGAAGCUUUCAAAUUGUCUAUUAUAAAAUAAACGUCUCUCCUGUCUUGGACGGAGCAAUACAUGGCCAUCAUCGAUCAAAUACAAGAAAGACUUUGGUGAAUUCAAAAUGGGAACAUACUUGAUGAGCCUCAUUAGUAAAUAUAGAGGAACUUUGUGAAUGUGUGAGCUUGUCCCAUAUGCUGGCCCAGUCUUAUGAUUAACAGACCAGUAAACACUUAUGUGUGUUAAUUCACUGAAAUCUAUAGGAAAUUCCUACGAAUGCAUAAAAAUCCCUGAUUUCAAAGACAUUUAAUGUGAAGCUCCAACUACGAGAUACUUCAAAUAUAAAACUAGUGCAAUGUGCUGCCCCCCCCAGGGCUGAUCAUGUACCAGGUUUAUAGGAAUGCCGAGUAGUGUGGUGCAGCCUUAAUAAAUUCUGUGUGUGUCAAGGUGCUCUUACCUGGAUACCGUCGAUCCCCAGGGUUAGGCUCCAAAGCAAUAAAGGGGAUGAGUAAUGGUGGAGAAUAAAUCGAGUCCAUACUUCUUAAAGUUCAACAACUUUACUUAAAUAAACUUGCAUCCAGACAAUAAGUGAUCUUUAUUUUGGUUCCAGCAGGUUUUGGGAUAACUGGCAGGCAAAUUUGAAUAUUCUACUUUCUCCUUCUCUGCUGUGCUAAGCUCGGUUUUAGUCUGAUAGCUGGACUCUGCAGCAAUUCCGGUACCUUUGGAGUGGGGUGACUUUGGCUGUUGACCCCUUGUGACCCUCUAUCUGUAAAUCUGUAAGGAGUCAUGGUGCUCUAUGAGCUGCUUCUCUCUGGAAAGACUCCUGCUACAGGAAGGGGGCGUUCCCCUCGCUGCUACAUCUGUUUCCAAUACUUGCAUCCACUAAGACUGACUAAACACCUCCUGCAGUCCCUACCUUGGUUGGAAGGUCUAGCCCACUUCUGCCCAAGAAGGGGAGAAUGGAAUGGUAAUUUCCAUUCUAUUUAAAGAUAUCUCUCACUCUGCGAGAUACAGAACGCCACCUAAGCAACCAGGCACAGUACAUAAAAUACAAAGAAUAACAAUUAGGCCUCAUGCACACAAACCUAUUUUGUUUCCAUGUCCGUUCAGUUUUUUUUGCGGAUAGGAUGCGGACCCAUUCAUUUCAAUGGGUCCGCAAAAAAUGCGGACCGCAUCCGUA